GUCUUGCACAGGUGUAACGGCUCCUCCCCUUCAGUCUUGCACAGGUGUACCGGCUCCCUCCCCUUCAGUCUUGCACAGGUGUACCGGCUCCCUCCCCUUCAGUCUUGCACAGGUGUAACGGCUCCUCCCCUUCAGUUCUCUUGCACAGGUGUAACGGCUCCUCCCCUUCAGUCUUGCACUGGUGUACCGGCUCCUCCCUUUCAGUCUAGCACAGGUGCACCUGCUCCUCCCCCUUCAUUCUUGCACAGGUGUACCCGCUCCUCCCCUUCAGUCUUGCACAGGUGUACCGGCUCCUCCCCUUCAUUCUUGCACAGGUGUACCUGCUCCUCCCCUUCAGUCUUGCACAGGUGUACCUGCUCCUCCCCCUUCAUUCUUGCACAGGUGUACUGGCUCCUCCCCUUCAUUCUUGCACAGGUGUACCGGCUCCUCCCCUUCAGUUCUUGCACAGGUGUCCCGGCUCCUCCCCUUCGUUCUUGCACAGGUGUACCAGCUCCUCCCCUUCAUUCUUGCACAGGUGUACCAGCUCCUCCCCUUCAUUCUUGCACAGGUGUACCGGCUCCUCCCCUUCGUUCUUGCACAGGUGUACCGGCUCCUCCCCUUCAUUCUUGCACAGGUGUACUGGCUCCUCCCCUUCAUUCUUGCACAGGUGUACCGGCUCCUCCCCUUCAUUCUUGCACAGGUGUCCCGGCUCCUCCCCUUCAUUCUUGCACAGGUGUCCUCCCCUUCACCGGCUCCUCCCCUUCAUUCUUGCACAGGUGUCCCGGGCUCCUCCCCUUCAUUCUUGCACAGGUGUCC